AUGUCGCCCAUGCAGAAGGUGCCAUUAAAGCCCAAUAUUCCAACACCAACACCAACACCAACACCUGCAGCCCAGCGCCUGGGAAAAUGCAAGGACCGACCAGGUUCCCUGGAUAUGGACCAAGUCUGCCGCGUGUCACUAAUGAAGACUGGUCAGUUCUUGAAAAUUUCAAUCGAGACCGGUGUACCGAACUAG